UAGAAGAUGCGUUCCAUUUUGCUUUCUUUUCUCUUAAUGGCGGGCAUUUUCUGAUACUCCGUAGAAGAAAAGGUCCAAGGGCCGCCGGCGCCGGCCGCCUCCCUACACAGCACCGCCCCGUCGUCUCCAAUCCCACGUCUCACCAUUAUCUAUCAUCGAUGUCCUCGUCCCAGUCUCUCGUCCCCCUCUUCCGCCCCUCCCUCUCGCCGCAUCCGCUUCCUCGCCUCGUUGCCUCCAUCCCACCCUCCUCGGCCUCCACCACCGCUCGCAGCGUCCGACACCUUCCGCGCCUCGCCGCGAAGCUCUGCCUCCCGCCACGUGCGGCCUCCGGCUCCGGCGGAUUCGGCGAUGGCGGCCGCAUCGGUUCUGGUGGAGAUGGCGGCGGCGGAGGACGGGGGUGGUGGCAAGGGGGAAGCGGAGACCCUCCCGACCCCGGAGACGGGUGGCGCCGGUGGCUUCAGUCUCUCCACCCCGAGCUCUUCCUCUUGUUCUUACUAUUCCAGUCCGACGCGUUCGCUUCCAUCCCAUCUGCCCUAGCCGAGGCCCUUGGAGCAAGCGGCGGCGAUGGCGCCAGCGUCUGGGAGGUGAGGGGCAGCUCGCGUACGCUGCUCGUGCCGGACCCGGAUGGGACCUCAUACCGCGUUGCAGAAGACGAGAAGCACAAACAAGAAGAGGGGAUGGAAAAGGUGUGGGCUGGCCGUGAUGAUUUGGCCGCGCUGCGCUGGCAACUUGAACAGUCAUGGCGGCGGUGCACCGAUGUUGCUCUUCAGUUGCUGCUGCCUGAUGGGUACCCCAACAGCGUGAGCAGCGAUUACCUGCACUACUCCUUGUGGCGAGGCCUGCAAGGGGUCGCCAGCCAGAUCAGCGGCGUGCUCUCCACUCAGGCGUUGCUGUAUGCAGUUGGUUUGGGGAAAGGAGUGAUACCGACCGCAGCCGCGAUAAAUUGGGUGCUGAAGGAUGGACUUGGCUACCUUAGCAAGAUACUGUUGUCUAAAUUUGGGAGGCAUUUCGAUGUUAACCCGAAGAGAUGGCGGCUGUUUGCAGAUCUUCUGGAGAACACAGCUUAUGGGCUGGAAAUUUUGACUCCAGUGUUUCCUCACCUGUUUGUUCCCAUUGGUGCAGCAGCUGGAGCUGCCCGAUCAGCAGCUGCUCUGAUACAGGCUGCCACAAGAAGUUGUUUCUAUGCUGGCUUUGCUGUCCAGAGAAACUUUGCUGAGGUCAUUGCAAAGGGUGAAGCUCAGGGAAUGGUUAGCAAGUUUCUGGGCAUAAUGCUUGGCAUAGCGUUAGCUAACCAAAUUGGCUCAUCAGUACCAUUAGCUCUUAUUUCAUUUGCUGGUGUUACUGUAGUUCACAUGUAUUGCAACCUCAAGUCUUAUCAAUCAAUUCAGCUGAGGACACUGAAUCCUUACCGUGCAAGUUUGGUGUUUAGUGAAUAUCUAUUAAGUGGACAAGUUUCUUCAGUCAAAGAGGUUAAUGACGAGGAACCACUUUUUCUGAAUUCUUCCAUGGGUGCUAAACUUAAACAAAACAAGAUUUUGUCAGCAGAAGCAAAAGAUGCUGCAGACAGAAUUUGUCGACGGUUACAAUUGGGCUCUAAACUGAGCGAAAUAAUUGACAAUGAGGAAGAUGCAUGUGCACUGUUUGAUUUAUACAAAGAUGAGCAAUACCUUCUUUUGGAAUACAAGGGGAAAUUUUGUGUUGUUCUUAAAGAGGGAUCUUCUCCAGAAGACAUGCUGAAAUCUGUAUUUCAUGUUAACUAUCUCUACUGGUUGGAGAAAUAUAUGGGGCCCAAACCAUGCAAUGUUGCCUCAGCGUGUAGGCCAGGGGGGAGGCUUGAAGUAUCACUGGAUUACGCUCAGAGAGAGUUUAGGCAUGUCAAGCAGGAUGGUUCAGAUGGUGGCUGGGUGAUGGAUGGUCUGAUUGCUAGACCCUUGCCUGUAAGAAUACGCGUUGGAGAUGUUGUUCCUUCAUAGGACUCCCAGAUUCAUUUUGCUGACAGCUAUGCCUAAUGGAAUUGUAAAUCGCUCUCAUUCUUUGAUCAAUUUAGGGACACUAAGUUGUCAUGAUACUGUUUUUGUUUCAAUGAGCAUAAUGUCUGAACUAGCAGUCUUCAAUCUUUGAGUUUAUCCUCUGAUGGUUAUCAUAAGCCUGGAGCUGCACACAUCUUUUGUGUCGUUAUCCCCGGACUUAUUUUUUAAUACCGGAUGCUUGAAGCCUGUAAUGGUUACUCGUUCUGGCAAUUAUAGUGAUCAAUACAUUUGAUAGGGUAUCACUGCCA